AUGCCGCUUAGCUUAGCUGGUAAAAAUUCUGGGCGCGAAACCAGAAGACGCAAGGAGGUGCAGAAGCGAUGGCGCUCCAUCCGCGACUCGUACACGAAAGCGUAUAGGCAGGGAAAGUGCGUGCCCCCAGAGCAGUGCCCGCCCGGCACACGCCGCUACCAGUACCACCGCCAGAUGUCCUUCCUGCACUUGGCCCUGCAGAACAAAAAGCCGCGCUACUCGCAGGACAAGUACGAGUCUUACUCGGAGGUGUCCAACUCGCCGCAGCACCCGCCGCCCGAGGACGCGCCGCGGGUCAAGCACGAGCCGAGCAAGCUCGACAGGCCGCUCGACAGAUCGCUCGACAGGCCGCUCGACAAGCCGCUCGACCUCAAAACCAAGCCCGACCUGCCGGAGAAGAGCCCACAAAGCGCUAAGCAGAGCCCGUCGCUCGAGAUCAAGAUAGACGCUAACGCAAUCCUUCCGGAAGACCACUUCGAUGACGACAGACUAUUCAUGAACUCGCUGCUACCGCUCUUCAGGAAGAUGGACGACGACACCAGGCUGCUGUGCCGCAUCGAGGUGCUGAAGAUAAUACGCUACGCGCUGCAGGGGAACAAGCGCUUCGAGCUGCAGCUGGCGGAGGACGGGCUGAAGCUCUUAGCGAAGGAAGAGAUGCGGGCAAAGGCGUGUCCCGAGGGCAGGCUCUCGAUGACCACCCGCUCGGCGGACGGCAGCCGACCGGUUAAGAAGCGACGUGCUCGCUCCCCGUCGCCGUUGCCGAUGCCGCCGAAGAAAAGGGGCCCAGGUCGUCCGAGGAAGGUGCGUCCCCCACCUUCGGACUCUGAGGAGGAGCAUCCGCCCAGGAAGCAAUUCCCCAAGCUGAAGGUCCCGCCAGUGGAAAUUCCCCACCUCUCGGAGUACGACGAGACCCUCAGCAGGGCCACCAGCGUCUCGCAGCUGCCCAAGCCGCUGUUCAUGCGGAUGUACAAUUUGGAGAGGUCGAAACCGACACUGGCGACACCACCAUCGCCGCAGAGCAUGCAGGUGUCCGUCAAAUCGGAACCAAUGGACACCUACGAAUCCUCGCUGAGCCAUAAUACCUUG